AUGAGUGCUGACGAACUCACCAAAGAACAAGUCGAGAUGUUGAAGAAGGCCUUCGACAUGUUCGACAAGGAAAAGAAAGGAUCCAUCAACACCUCCAUGGUCUCCACCAUCCUUAGGACACUCGGACAACAGUUCGUAGAAGCAGAGUUAAAAGAUCUUAUACAGGAAAUUGACGCUGACGGUAGUGGUGAGCUAGAGUUCGACGAAUUCUUAGCCCUCACCGCUAGGUUCUUGGUAGAGGAAGAUUCCGAGGCCAUGCAGGAGGAGUUAAGGGAAGCCUUUAGGAUGUACGACAAAGAAGGAAACGGUUACAUUAACGUCAGUCAACUUAGGGAGAUCCUCAAGGCUUUGGACGAUAAACUAACGGAAGAUGAGUUGGACGAGAUGAUUGCUGAGAUUGAUACUGAUGGUUCCGGAACCGUGGACUUCGACGAGUUCAUGGAGAUGAUGACAGGUGAUUAA